AUGGCGUCCAAGUUGGCUCAAAAAUACGAAAUCAACGCCGACAUAGGGGAAGGAUUCGGCCGAUGGAAGAUGGGCCCGGACGAGGAGCUCAUACCCUUUCUCGACGCCGCAAACAUUGCGUGCGGGUUCCACGCCGGCGACCCCUCCAUCAUGCUCAAGACGGUCCGCCUCUGCAAGCAGCACAAUGUCAGAGUAGGCGCGCACCCCGGGCUGCAGGACCUCUUCGGCUUCGGCCGCAGAAAGAUCGAAACCGACCCCGGCGACAUGUACGCCAUGGUUCUCUACCAGGUCGGCGCCCUCAAGGCCAUGCUGGAUGCCGAGGGCGUCCCGCUGUCCCACAUCAAGCCACACGGCGAGCUGUUCUUUUACAUGCAGCGAGACCGGGGCAUCAUGAAGGCCGUCCUGGAAGCCUGCGCCCCGUUCAACGUCCCCGUCUACGCGUGCCAAAACCCAGAACAAGAGGCCAUGUGCGCCGAGAUGGGGAUCCCCUUCCAGGGCGAAUUGUACGUCGACAUUGACUAUUCGCCCGAGGGAAAGCUCGUCCCCGUGUCGCAGUCGAAUCCUGUCACGCCGGAAUUGUGUCACGAGCGUGUUGUUGCUGCCACCACGAUGGAUAGCGGACGGGACAUUAACGGGACGCCGUUUGCGUUUGGGUUUUACGGCAAGCCUUUUAGCAUUUGUCUUCACUCGGAUGCGCCAACGGUUUUGCAAAACGUCAAGUUGGUGCGUAGGGCGGUGGAUCAAGUCAACCAGGAAAAGUUUUCGAAAAGAGAAAAUUAA